AUGCCAGGACUUCGGGCGGCCUUUCGAGGGCUGCUGAAGCGCUCUCACAGCACAGGCAGCUCCUCGGCAGAACCCCAGUCCCAGCCGGCGCAGCGACAAGACCAAGUCGAAGCAGCAGGCAGCAGAAGCACUUCUCGCGACUACGGCCGAUCCGCUCCGCAUAUCGCUGCUCUCAAGAGUCCGUCCAAGUUUAGUGUCCAGGACAGCAUUAGAGAGGAGGAGAGCGACGACAACUUCCACGACGCUGUCGAGGCCACAACGCGCCCGCCCACUCUCCGUCCAGCCAGCAACCGCAACAGCACCAGCACUACCGCUGCUCCCGCACUCGACUCUCAACCACCUCCCACCGGCCAGCAGAGCGUCGACGAUUGUGAUCCGAACGACGAGAGAAAUGGGACUUCGAGCCACUCGGAUAAGCCAAGCCUGAUACUGCAGUGUGCCACUCCCGAGAAGUCCACAGACUCCAAGGCCGAGUAUGUCGUCCAAGCUGCACAUCCUACAAAUCUCCCACGCGCUGACAAGGAUGCCCCUGCCAGCACAAGAAGCCUCCGUCCUCAGUCUGCCCACUCGCGCCCUCACUCUCCAAUAUCUGUUCGCGCUCAGCCGUCCCCGAGUCUUCCGUCGCUGCCGCCUAAACGACCAUCCGAGAACACUGUCCGCCGUCAGUCCCUCCUGAACAGCGCGAACGCUCCAAUCAUCCGUGCACUGCUCAGUCCGAAUACUGUUGCUCAAUUUCCGCUGCCUCCCUCGACUCCUCCCGCUACCAUCGAAGCCUCGGACUACUUCGUCGAUACCACUGUUCCUGCCGUUCCAAACAUCGUCAGCAUGUUAACACGGAAAGUAUGGGUCAAGAGGCCCAAUGCCUCACCUACCAUGGUCACUGUGCGCGAAGACGACUUGAUCGAUGAUGUAAGAGAUCUUGUCAUGAGAAAAUACGGCAAUUCGCUGGGCAGGAGUUACGACUCGCCCGAUCUUGUGCUGCGUAUUGUCAGCAGACUUGACGAGAAUGGCAAGCGUGCACCCGAGCGUAUUCUCAGCCCAGACGAGGAUGUCUGUCGUACCCUGGACUCAUAUUAUGCCGGUGGUCAAACGGCCGAGGAAGCUCUCCUCAUCGAAACUCCUGCACGUCGCACCCCUCGUCCAUCUCCCCGUAUAUACCAUGGCGCUUCAUAUGCUGCUCUGGACGACUACCGACCUGCAGAGACCGGCACAGACUACUUCCCCCCUAUGCCUGCAGUCCAACUUCCACCAAAUGUACCCAAUCAAGCGCCAGUGCAACAGACACUACACCCUGAGGCGCCGCGCUCAAUAGCUGUGCUAAACACUGGCCAGAUACCUGUCUUGCCAUCGCCGGGUAGCGUCCGUCGUCAUCGCGAUCCUCGUGAUCCUCGUCCCAAGUUCAAUCGUCAGCACACUUCUUCUCCAACCAUCAUGACACAUAACCCUCCAGCUGCAUCCAUGCCCCUUAAUGCAUCCAAUCUAGCCAUUUCUCAACACCUGCCUACGAUCCGGCAGUCUCGUCCAAGAGCCGGUUCAAGCGUUUCCGGAGAGCAGGGCCAUGCUCCGCCUGCGNCCAGCUCUUCCAACACCCCUGCUGCAGAGGCGGUGCCUCCUGUGCAUCCUGGCAGCACCCCUCCUACUCCAGCGUCUCAAGGUCAAAGCACGCUAAAGCCUGCUCGCCCUAGGCGUCAAAGAAAACUCACACCUACCGAUGGCACCCCGACCGUCAAAUCUCCCAACAGUAGCGCAAAGACGCCACUCCCUCCUUCGCUGCUCGAUGGCGCAGUCCCCCCAAUCAAUGUGUUGAUCGUCGAGGACAACAUCAUCAACUUGAGACUUCUGGAGGCGUUCAUGAAGCGCCUGAAAGUAAGAUGGAGCACAGCAUUGAACGGUCAGAUCGCCGUAAAUAAAUGGCGGACUGGCGGCUUCCAUUUGGUGCUUAUGGAUAUUCAAAUGCCCAUUAUGAACGGUCUGGAGGCAACANAAGAGAUUCGUCGCCUUGAAAGAGCGAACGGAAUUGGUGUCUUCAGUACCGCUUCCACUCCUGCUCCCUACACCGGCAAAGGCAAAGAGCAGGAAGAUGAGUAUGAUGAGAACAAGAAAGAGAAGGAUGAUGAUAAGCUUAGUUCUGAUGGCGGCCUAUUCAAGAGUCCGGUCAUCAUUGUCGCACUUACUGCAAGUAGUUUGCAGAGUGAUAGACACGAAGCUCUGGCUGCUGGAUGCAAUGAUUUCUUGACAAAGCCCGUUAACUUCGUUUGGCUUGAACGCAAGGUCAAGGAAUGGGGUUGCAUGCAAGCUCUGAUCGACUUCGAUGGCUGGCGCAAGUGGAAAGACUUCGAUGCUGAUAAGGCAGCAAAGGAGAAGAAGGCCAAGCGCGUCUCACGAGCCAGCGCUGAAGGAGCACCCAGAUCUCCUCGCCCUGCAGCGAGCACCGCAGAAGCACCGGCACAAAGUAAUGGGGAAGGUGCCUCGACGAACGAAGCGACGUAA